UCAAGUAGAAACGCAUGGACUGUCCAUCUUGGCUAUAAUUUAGUCAGCUAAAAUUUAGUAAUUGCUUCUGCAUUGCUUUCGGGAGGAGGUGAUAUUUAAAAGCAGGCUGCUCAGCACUCAAAUGGGACUACUCCAAAAGCUUUGCCUAUAUUCUCUACAGAUCAGCAGAACAAGGGAGACCAGCUGCAUAGAUUUUCGUUAGGGCCUGAUGAAUAGGACAACAACUUACUGUUUCGGUUUUGACCAACUUUGGUUUUCAUGACAAUGGAAUUUUUCCUCCCUGUGAUGGAAAGGAAGAACCUCUUCCUAAGCCUAUUGAUCUGCUACAGUUUGUUCAGAGCUGCCGAUCAUCACAUGGUAAUUGAAGAGAAGACAGAAUGCAGCCUGUCGAGAAACAACAAAAUGAAUUUCUCAGAUCUCCCACCCAUCUCCAUAACAGAUUUAACUAAAAGAUCCCAGAAAGUCAGCAGGAAAGAGGCAGAGAUCAGGAAAUCUUCCAAGAAAAAAGCUGGACCAAAGACAUCUCUGAAACCAAGGCCCACACCAGCUGCUGACUGCGUGCCAGACUUCAAAACCUGCAAACCACACUUGAACUCGUGCUGUAACUACUGUGCUUUUUGCAAAUGCCGAAUUUUCCAGACAAUCUGCAAAUGUCUAAUGUUAAACCCAAGGUGCUAGAGCCAGACUGGGAGCACAACAGGGCCUCUGUCUUUCAGUUAGCUUCUCACAUGUAGAUUUCAAAUUGCCCCAUGUGUGUAGCAAGCAAAGUAGAGAGCUUUGAAGCUGGCAGCUUGCAUUUGCCCUUCUUAAAAUUACAUGGAUAAUGUUGGGUUAUUUUCCAUUGGGUUAAGGCUACCACAAGGACAGCAUGGCACCAGUUCCCAGCACAGACAACAGCGUGGUGAAAGUUCAGGUUUCAGGGUUAAUUCCCUUUUCAGGCAUUCAACAAAAAGCAGGAUGAGAAUUUAUAUAGGUUGUUCUUCCUGAAAAGACAGACCCAAAACAAUAACACAAUUUUUUAGUCACCUUCAGCUGAGCAUCAGUACCUCCACCUCCAGGGUUUUACUCGUUCUACCAUUAACCAGUAUCUCCAAGGUGUACAAUAUACCAGUACAUUUGAACCCCGAACGCAUCUGUGCCUCAUGACUUCCCCAGUUGUAUCCAUAGGAAUUUUCUAAUGCUCUGGGCAGGUCUAAUUGAGAGGCCAUUUCUUUACUAAUUUAUUUCUAAGCACAGCCGAGGGCUACAGAAAUCUUCCAGGCAGGCAAAGAUGACGGAGAUGACACUCUGAAGGGGCUCAAGCCAUAUGAACUCUUUUUUCUUCUAAUAAUCAGUCCAAAGCUCAGAACAGAAGUCAGAUCUUGACAGAAAUACUUCUUCACAGACUAUUUCAAGUUAGAAGGGACCCAUAAGGAUCAGUGAGUCCAAGUCCCUGCUCCUCAUGGGAUUAGCUAAAACUAA